UCCUCCAAUUGCCCCAUUGCGCGUGUACAAAAAUUAGCAUCCUUUCUCCCUCUUUCGAUCAUCAUUGAAAUUUAUUAAACCCAUACAGGUCAACUCAGUGAGUCUCUUGAGAUAUUUUCCUUGUCUCGCCGAGUCUAAGUAUCUGACUCGAUUUAUUUGAGUUUCGGAUCUCUCGGCGAUGAAGAACGGCCUCGAAGUUUUCGAUUUCAAGGAAGAAGACGAGCUUGCUGAAUUCGCAGCUGGUAAAAUCGUUGGCAAAUUUAAAAACCCUAGCCUUGACAAUCCCGACUUUUUGAAGUGCGAAUCCCUCGAACGCGCUGUGUCUUCAGUUACCCAGGAGUCUGAUGUUAGAAAAAAGGAAAUUGGGAGUAUAACUUGUGUCGAUGCCAAUGAAAUUGAACGCGAUAAUAGUGCUAAUAAUGCUACUACAUGUGCUCCUUUGGGAAUGGCUGGAGAGGACUUUGGUUCCAGAGAAGACAAUUCUAUCCUAGAUGCUGCAUUCCAAUCAGAAUCUCUGAGUCGUAAGAAAGACCCUUGUUCUACAAUGGAUAAAUAUGAACCCAAAAGUUCUUCUACUGAGCAGGAGGCAGGGGUUUCAUGCCAUGACGCACAGUCACCUGGGAAAAGACAAUCAAAUGGUGUCCUUGCAGACUCUCUAUGCAAUGGUGGACCAGUUGGUUUGAAAUCAGAUGCUGAUGGAAGCAUGAACGAGAGUUCUCCAUCAAGUCCUGCUUCUGGAAUUGCAGAGGAUGGUGCUACUUUAAACGGUCAUUCAUCAGAUAAUUGUUUCAGCACAUCAGAAAUGGAUAUCGUAAAUAUUGGAGUUGAUUAUGUUUUUUAUCGGGAUAAUUACUGUACUGGAUGCCUGGUAACUUUUUCUAGUGAUGGCAUUAAAAUCAGUGGUAUGCUUUCACAUGGAGAUGAGGAAAUCUUUAGAUUUGAGAGGGGAAUUGAUGAUAUUCUUCAUAUUGAGUCGCAACAACUUCAAAGGUAUGGAGCUGUCAUCGUUAAGCUUGACAUACUGUCAAAGGAUGCUGUUCAAGCCACUAAUGCCUAUGGGGUUGAGCAGCUAGAGUUUGCAGUUGUUGAGCCCAACUGGUCUGGGAAACUGGAAGAGAUUGUAUCGGUCAAUGUUAAAUAUUUGGCUUUAUCUACCAUCGUGGGAGAUAUGGAAGGCAGAAUAGAUGGCAGGGACUUACAUCGACAGAGGUCUUAUUUUCCAACUUUUGGAGAGGCUGUUGAAGAUGUUGUCUAUCCAAAAGGGGAUUCAGAUGCAGUUUCCAUUAGUAAGAGAGAUUUUGAUCUACUUCAACCUGAGACAUUUAUCAAUGACACGAUUAUUGACUUCUAUAUCAAGUAUUUAAAGAAUCAGAUUCCACCUGAAGAAAAGCUUAGGUUCCAUUUUUUUAAUAGCUUUUUCUUUCGUAAGCUUGCUGAUCUAGACAAAGAUCCAUCCAGUGCUUCAGAUGGUAGGGCUGCUUUUUUACGUGUUCAUAAGUGGACAAGGAAAGUGGAUAUAUUUGGAAAAGACUAUGUUUUCAUCCCUGUGAAUUUCAAUCUUCACUGGAGUUUAUUAGUAAUAUGCCAUCCUGGUGAAGUGGCUGGUUACAACGAUAAAGACCUGGGGAACUCCCUUAGGGUGCCAUGCAUAUUGCAUAUGGAUUCUAUCAAAGGAACUCAUGCGGGUCUCAAAAACCUUGUGCAAAGUUAUCUAUGGGAAGAAUGGAAAGCAAGACAAAAGGAGACAUCAGAAGAUUUAUCUUCAAAAUUUUUGAAUUUGCGGUUUGUCCCACUUGAGUUGCCACAGCAGGAAAAUUCAUUUGAUUGUGGCCUGUUUCUGCUCCACUACCUGGAGCUAUUUUUGGCCGAGGCUCCUCUGAACUUCAGUCCAUUCAAAAUAAAUGAGCUUUCCAAGUUCCUUAAUGUGGAUUGGUUUCCCCCUGCUGAGGCUUCUCUGAAGCGUACUCUAAUCCAGAGGCUAAUUUCUGGGCUCCUUGACAAUUGUUCUAGGGAGCUCUCUUCUGGUAAUUGCAGUGAUGAACCAGAGUCUAGUUUUCCAGAAAAUAAUGUGAAAGGGAAUAGAGUCGAGUUUGCUUCAGAGAGAUGCACUCCAACUGUAGCUUGUCAUGGAAAUCUAUCAAGUUCGGACACCAGCCAAGGGAUCGAAAUCACUCUAUUGGAAGCAUCUUCUAUGAGGAAUUCUGAUUGUGUUAAUGAUCCAGGCCUGGUUCUCAGGGAAUUUUUUGAGCCAGGAGUUGCUGCAGGUUCAUUACUUGCACACUGUUCAUCCUUUGACCAGUCAUCUUAUUACCGUCUUAAUGGUGCUAUGUCGCAACAGAUAGAGGAUGAUGCAGAAGAUGGGGAGCAGUUCAUGUAUUACCCUUCUGGAGAUCCAAUUUUUCAACAAAUUCCUUGUAUGACACCUCAAGCGGGUUCUAUUCCAUAUUCACUCAGAGGUUUUGGGGCCGAGCCUUCUUGGAAUCGAGGAAUUUCUAUGCAAGGAGAGGAUGAUGACUCAUCUCCAGAAACAUCAGAAUGUGCCUCUGAUGAUUCUGACAUAGGGAUUAUCGAAAAUCGCCCAGUUGAGAAAGAUGUAGAUCUUUGUCGAGAAGAGAAAAUUGAUAAAGUAUCUCAGUCAAUGGAAAACAUAAAGUGUUCGACACAGACACUUGCUUCUGGCUCUGUCGAGACCCUGGUGACUUCUGCCAUUCAAGGUACUGAAGACUCUGAAAGAAUACACAAUGGUGAUGAAAAUGGUGAUCUUGCCUUCAGUCAAGAAGAUCCAACUACAUUGCAUGAAGAUGCCAACACAGUAGAAAAUGGAUUGCAUCAACACUUUGACGAGAAGGCAGAGAUCACCGGCAAUGAUAAUAUUCAAACUAUGGGUGAUAAUGUGAUGGCAAAAUCAGGUGAGAAAGAACCAAUCAAUGAUAGUGUGAUGACAGAAUUACCUGAGAAAGAACCAAUCAAUGAUAGUGUGAUGGCAGAAUCAGAUGAAGAACAAGCUGCAAAAAGGCGAAGGGUUACUCCUCCCCAUGAAGAAGGGGAGGAAAUUCUAGGCGGAAGCCUGUCAAAGGAUCUACACUUGUAAUUAGGCUGCAGGUGGAAAUCUCGGUCUUGAUUUUUGUUUAACAUAAUUGUGAACAUGGAUCUCACUAGACGACAUGCCAUUCUGUGAAUAGUAUAAUGGCUAUAUUUUUAACUACGAUUAUGAUUAGCAAUUACCAUGUGGGUUGCUCUUGUAGGAGAAGUGCUCGGUUCUUGUGUUAAUAUCUAUUAUUCAAGUCAUGAAAUUAGGACUGCAAAUGUAUAAUGUUUUCCUUGGAAGCUGCAUGAAGAAGAUGAUACAGAGUCAUUGGUUUA